AUGAUGCGCCGGCGGUUAAGUUUCAUCGGUAGUGGAGAGUGUUACGAGCCAGGCCCACUCACCGAGUCCAUCGUCGAGUCUGACCUUCAGCGACAGAUACGCGACAGGUUCGAUGAAGAGUGCCCAUAUUCGUUGACCAGGAAGUCUGUGCGGAACAGCCCCCGGGCGCGGAACUGCAACUCUCAAGUAUGGCAGGUGGCUGUCAACACGGUGGCUAAGAAGCGCGACACACUCAGGCGCAGUGUCAGCUCGGUAUUCAGGUCGAUGAACAAACUCAGGACUGGAUUCAAAGUGGCUGCGCAGAAAUUACGACCAUCGACAAGACGUCGUUUUAAAUUGGAUGAGUCGCCUCUGACUCCCAACACGCCCAGAACCCGGUCUAAGUGUUUGUUGGGCAGAACGCCCACCAAGAUGUACAGUCCUUUUGCCAUUGAUACACCACCAUCGUUGCGUAGGCGAUUUGCUUACAGAAGAAAUAAAAAUAUUGACACUGAAAGUAAUAAGUCAGUGAAUGGGAAAAGUGAAUCUAACAGUUGUGAAAUAACAAAUAAUGAAAAUCAGCAACCAACAAUCAAUUUAAAUAAAGAUGAAAAUUAUGGAAGCUUAAUAUAA